AUGCACCUGGAGUUACCGGAUUACGUGAUUAACCGUAAUCUUAUCAAAGCAGUUCGCAAAAACAAUGCAGUUUAUGUGAAAGGUGCAUUAAACUGUAAUCCUUGGUUACGUGAUGCCCUAUUCUACUCGGAAGCAAUGGUGACGAAUGUUGGCCCAUUUGAUCAUACAUACAGACCGCCAGUGUAUUUUCUGAACACGUUAUUUGCCUAUGCGAUUCUGGCAAAUAGUAAAAAGGUUUUGAUGGCUCUGAAAGAUUUGCAGGCUGAUAUUUAUCGUUCGUGCUACGUGGCGGACGUGUUGGAUGAUGGCGAAGAACCAUGCUAUCGUGUAUUGGAAUUGCCUCCAAUUGCUCUGUGUCAACCCACUGAUGCAGGAUUAUCGUCUGCGAUUGAAGUUGGCUACGAUGCGCACGGUAACAUCAUUGUUGUGACUACAAUUUACCAUGGAAACGAAGCUGAAGAUGCUGUGGUUCAGUACAGAGGAUACUGGGAGUUUUGUAUCAGUGCGCGAAAGCGUACUCACAACGCUCAGUCCAUUAAUGAAGUAACCAAUCACAUCAUCCCUAUUGGUUAUGACGUGAAUAUUCUGCUUAAACAGUUGGAUUUGUGCAAACUCUUUAGUCGAUAUUAUUAUCUCACAGUUGGUAAGGGUUUUCGAAAUACGGAAUAUGUGAUUCGUGCAUGCGAACUGUUCGAGAUAUUGCUACGUCACGGUUGCUCUUUUACGGACCGAAAUGUGACGCAUAACAUGUUUAAAGCACUACAGGAACUGAUACGCUCUCCGCAUCACUCAACUGAAUCACGUGACCGGUUGACCGAUAUCCUACGCACAAUUGUCCUUCUCAGUCCGGACGGGCGAGCUCUACGCGAACUGGAAUCACCUUUGCUGAGCAGGGUUGUUAGAUCGGUUCAGACGGAUACACUAGUCGUACGAUGUAUACGCCAAAUACGAUUCAUGCUUGGCGGCCAAUUUUUCUUACGUCAUGUUCAAAGUUUACCUUGCAGCGAUGAAGUAAAAUCGUUGAUUACUUACGGGCGAAAAAGAUCCAAACGAUGA